GUGCAGAUUCCUUCACUCUCUCAUCCGCUCGGUCAACCGACAUGUACUUCACGUGAUGGCAUCUUUGGACAGUUCGUCCGGCUCCACAUCACAUGACAUCACAUCACAUCGCAUCACACCGCAUCACACAGCCAAAACUCCCUCCCUCUGUCUGGGAUAUCUUACACACACAUACACGCACCUCUCUCUCUCUCUCUCUCGUGUGUGGGUGUGGUCUAUCCACCCACUCUUCCUUCCAGCCAUCCAUCCUUCAGUCAGUGUGUCCUGAUCCCCACCGCCCCCUUGAAAGCGCUGUCCAUGACCUCUGACAACGUCGGAUGCGUGUGCACCUGAGCAAUCAACGACACACCCACCACAACACAACACAACACACCACACGAUAAGCUGUAGCCUUCCUUAAGCUUCUCUCUCAUGAUAUGGUGUCGGUGUCGGUGACCGCACUGACUGACCAUGUAAGAGAGCUCGCGGACGGUUUGUCCAGCCGCCACGGCGUUGGCGCACUCCUGGAUGAGGUCGCUGGCGUGCAGACCGAUGACGUGCACACCCAAAAUCUCCUCCGUGUCCUUCCGGAACAGCACCUUGGCGAUCCCGUCGCCCUCACCCUCUGCCAGUGCCUUCGAGUUGGCCCUAAAUGAUCGCAUGACGCUCGCCUCUUUCUUCUGUGUGUGUGCUCGUUCGUGUGCGGCGUGUGGGGGUUGCCUGACUGACCUGAAGUGUCCGGUGGAUUUGCCGAGCUCGAACCCCUCAGCCUUGGCUUUGUCCUUGGCCUGGUCCUCAUUCAACCCUUCACACACAUACACACACACAAUCAGGUGCGCACAAUACACACGACCAUCUGUCCGUCUGUCUGUCUGUCUGUCUGUGUUACUGUGUGUGGGCGGUUGUCUGACCGACGAAUGCGAUCUCCGGGUGUGUGAAGCAUGCUGCCGGGACGGCAUUGUGGUUGACGGCAUGGGGGCGCCCAAUGAUGUUCUCGACCGCUGAUAUGCCUGAGUGCACCAGACAGACACAUAAUACGCCAAACCUCACACGUGUCGUGUCGGCGAUUGCUUGGUGUGCCCUGCCUGGAUCUGUAGUGCUGUGUGUGUAUGUUUGCACCUUACCUUGUGCGGAAGCAGCGUGUGCGAGCAUCAUCUUGCCGUUUGCGUCGCCGAUGCAGUACAGAUUGGGCACCACCUCCACACCUACACACACAUGGGGUGUGUCGUGUCCCCACACCACACCACACACCCAGACCAGACGAUAGUUAGAUACCUACGGGCAGUUGUCAACCUAUCCACGUGUUGGUACCUUCUUUCUUGGUGAGCACCCGCAUCCUUUCGUCCACCUGACACACACACAUCGACACACGCGUGGGAUGCGAUGUGAUGGACGGCCUGGCCUGCAGAUUCGAGUCAGUCACUUGCUGACCGGCACGAACCCCCUGUCCAUCUCGACGCCGACGUUCUCGAGACCACACUCCUGGCCAGCCAACACACAACACAACACAGCAGACAGAGGGACGGAGGAUGAGGCAGGUAUGUACUUCCUUCCUGCCGUCUGUCUCAGAUAGAUGUAGGCGUCGCGUACCUUGGUGUUGGGCACUCUGCCAGUCGCCACCAGGCAGGCAUCGACCUCCAGGGUCUCAACCUAGAGUGAAGCGCACAUAGAGCACAGUGCAGUGUCUCUAUGGCCGGAUGACAGUCACUCAUUGGCUGUUUUGCUCCUUACGUGUUCCUUGGUGUUUGCGUCGAUCAUCUUGAUGGUCACCGGCUUCUCACCUGUGAGCGACAGACACCACAAGUAAGUGGACGGACGCGUGUGCCUUCACUUCACUAUCAUAUGGCUGGCUGGCUGGAUGGCUGCCUGGCAUGUCAGCUUACCGGGGAUGCCUGGGGUGACCUCCGACGCAAACACGCCCGUGCGGUAGUCGAUGGACCGCGGACGGAUCAGCAACCUAUAUAUGUGCAGUGCACAUCAAUCACAUGAAGGAAGUUUGUUGUGCGAACGUUGUUUGCCGAUGAGCCGCUGGCUGGUCCAAGGCUUGCCUCUCCGCCAGCCUGGCGAUUUCUGGGUCAAAGGUGGGCAUAAUGCGGUCCAGCGCCUCAAUGAACGUCACCUCAGAGCCUGCCGGCAGCAAACACAGACGAACAAACAGAUAGAUAGAUAGAUUUUGUGUGUAACCUGCCGCCCUGGCGACCCACCGAGAGCGGUGAAUACGUCUGAGAACUCGAGACCGAUAUAUCCGCUGCCCACGAUGGCCAGCCACUCGGGCACGCUGUCGAGCCUGAGGCCACCGUCGCUCGUGAAGACAGUCUUCUCGUCCACCUCUAUGCCCCGCGGCACAAAGGGCAGCGACCCUGGCGCCAGGAUGAUGUCCUUGGCGCGGACCACACGGCUCCCCGCCUGCACCUCAUGUGGACCCUUCACAGAGCCCUUCUCGGGAAUGACCUCCACACCGAGACCUGAUGGAUGGCGGUGCAGAUGAGUGAGAUGCGUGGAUGGAUGGUGUUGGUGCCUUCCUUGUGUGUUGUGUUGGUGGGAUACAUGCAUACCUGUGAGUGAGUUUUCGAGCCCUGACCGCACCUUGGCCGCCAGAUUCUUAGCGUGGUCGGCGAUCGCCUGCCUGAAAGGCAACCAAUGAAAUGAACCAAUAGGGCACGAGAGAAACAAAGUAACCCAUUCGCUCGCUGAUGGUGCUGAUGGUGGGUGCUUGUUGUGUUGACACAAACAGACAGACCCACUCACUCGCUCAACUGACCUGUCGUAUUUGACGUUGUCUACGGUGACCCCCAGGGCCUUGAGGUGGUGCGCAUUCCGCAGCUCACGCACACGACCGGAUGCAGCCAACAGAGCCUUCGAUGGCACACAACCUGAUAUACAGACCUAUGUGGUGUGCUCUGUCUGUCACUGAUUGCAGUGAGUGCACUGGUUGGCCGUGUGGUGAGUGAGUGGAUGUGUGGGCCUGCCUGGCUGCCUACCUCUGUUAACGCAUGUGCCGCCCACAUCCCCACCAGUCAGAAUAGCGGUCUUCAGACCUUUGCCCACUGCAGUCAGUGCACACACACCAACACACAUCCAAUCAAGAGCUCAGCGUCCUUCGUGCAAGCACUGAUUGUGCGCACGUCCUCUGUCUGUGUGUGUACCUUACCGGCGUGCAGCGCUGCCCCGUGGCCCCCGACUCCACAGCCGAUAAUCACCAGGUCGUAGUCAUAAUUAUCUCCCGCCAUCCACAGCCCUCCCUGCAGCACACCACAAAACAGCCGCAACUCAUUCAGAAGACAGGAAUGCGUCGGCAGCUGUGUGUUGCGCCUCAGUGCUCACCGCUGGCCGAACGCGAAAGACCAUUGCCUGUUGUGGGUGUGCUUGUAAUGAUGAUGGCCGCCUUGAAAGGAGAGAUUGGCGUCUGAUGAACGGAGCUGUCGACGAAAGAUGGAAGCCCGCCACGGCACACAACCAUGAUCCCAGAAGGGCAGCCAACAGCAACACUGCUGAGCGACUCAUUGCGCGCCUUUGCCUCUGUAGAACUUCACCCAUCUCGUUGUCCCGCAGCUGCUGGCGGAAUGCCCCGCUCCUCUGACCACUGCGGCGAUGCAGAUCUGACGAAAGCUGCUCGAGCUAC